AAAACCCUUAUUUUGAAGGAUAUUCACCAAUUUGCCUACUGGAAUAAGAAAAAGUUAUAGCGAAAAAUAAAGAGACAAAACCCUAAAUUGGAAAGGAUGGAAAAAUUUGGGAAAGGGGUAUGAUAUGUUCUUCUAAUUUCUAAACCAGUUUUCGCGUAUCUAUUGUGUGCGGUUCUUAAGUGGACGGUUGAAGAUCAACUGACAAGACUUGUCCGGCGGCUUUGUUGUGGUGUGACUCGACUAUGUUCCAACAUUAGAACAGAUUUGAUUUUUAAUGGCUUUCAGUCUUCGUUUCGGGACGUAUAAGGUGAUCGGAAUGCAAGGCAGGCCAGAUUAUAUGGAGAAGAGGAGAUCUAGAAGUCCGUAAAGAUUUAGGUUGCAGUAAUUGGAGUAUUGGAGUCUAAAUCCAUCGCCUCAAGGUCAUUUCUUCCAAGUUUCUGUUGGAGUCACGGUUCAGGAAUGGAAGACUUGGGUGCGCAAGUUGCUCCCCCUAUCUUCUUUCAUCAGGGACUUCCGGGUCGAUUAUGUGAAGUAUCUCCUAUGCUGAAGAAGCGUGAUCUGCCAUGGCGAAGCACAACUCUUAACCAUCAAGCACAGCAUCUGUUCAAUUCCAAUUCCCAACAUGCCAAGGGUGAGUGGAACCCCUUGGUUAAUUCCAAUUCCCAACCGGCGAAGGGUGAUUGGAGUCCCAUGGUUUGGGACUGGGACAGUUCAAAGUUCCUUGCCAGGCCCUCGGAGGCGGAGGUUCUUCAGUUGGGGUCGUCUGUAGUUGAAUCUGGAAGGAAAAAGGAUGGGGACGAGACUUUCCAGGUUCUGAAGAAGAGCUCUGUUCAUGAAGAUGGUGAGAAACUCGCUUUAAAACUUGGUGGCAGUUUAUAUUCGGUCGAUGACUCUGCAACGAGACCCAACAAACGAGUCCGAUCUGGUUCUCCUGGUACUGGAAGUUACCCAAUGUGUCAAGUAGAUGAUUGUAGAGGAGAUCUAUCCAAUGCAAAGGAUUAUCACCGGCGACAUAAGGUCUGUGAGCUUCACAGCAAGACCAUCAAAGCACUUGUGGGGCAGCAGAUGCAGAGGUUUUGCCAGCAGUGUAGCAGAUUUCACCCCCUUUCUGAAUUUGAUGAGGGGAAGAGAAGCUGUAGGCGUCGGCUCGCGGGGCACAACCGAAGAAGAAGAAAAACACAACCAGACGAUGUUUCCUCGCGGUUUAUGAUACCUGGAAGCAGGGAGAACGGCGGUAAUGGGAACCUAGAUGUUGUCAAUUUGUUAACCAUUUUAACUCGUCUCCAAGGGAAUAAUAUUGAUAGAAGUGCAAAUACUCCACCAAUUCCCGAGAAAGACAGGCUCAUCCAAAUUAUUAGCAAGAUUAAUAAUUCAUUACCUGUUGCUGCUAACUCUGCUUCUUGGCCACCAUCAGAAAGUUUUGACCUAAACGUUUCACAACCGGCUCCAUUGGACCACUCUAACAAAAUUAAUGGCAACACAUCUUCUCCAUCAACCACAGAUUUGCUUACUGUACUUUCAGCUGCAUUAGCACCAUCUCCUGAUAGUCUUGGGAUUACCUCUCAAAGAAGCAGCCAUGGCAGUGAUGAUGAUAAAACUAAAUUAAACUGUGUUGACCAGCAUGCUAGUGUCACCUCACAGAAAGAAUCAACUUCAGGGUUCCCAUUGGUUGGAGAGAGGAGUAACAGUGACUUUCGGUCUCCAAUUGAAAUUUCGGAUUGCCAGAUUCAAGAGUCUCAGCCAAGUCUGACAUUCCAGCUUUUUAGCUCAUCUCCUGAGGGUGAUAGCCCGCCGAAAUUGGAAUCAUCUAGGAAAUAUUUCUCCUCCGAUAGCAGUAAUCCCAUGGAGGAGAGGUCACUGUCGUCAUCACCUGUUAUGCAAAAACUAUUCCCAAUGCAGACAAGUGCGGAAAUUAUGAAACUUGAGAGGGCGUCAGUCAGUGUAGAGGACAAUGGUACAGUUGAGGCCAGCAGUACUCGUGGUUGGAGCUCUGCACUGGAACUCUUUAAAGGGCCAAAUGGUAGAGUUGAAAAUGGUUCAGUUCAAAUUCCGCCAUACCAAGCGGGCUAUGCAUCUUCUUCUGGGUCUGACCAUUCACCUUCUAGUUCAAAUUCUGAUGCUCAAGAUCGUACUGGGCGGAUCAUUUUUAAAUUAUUUGAUAAAGAUCCUAGUGAUUUUCCUGGGACACUGCGCACACAGAUAUAUAAUUGGCUAUCUCACUGUCCUGCUGAAAUGGAGAGCUACAUUAGGCCUGGUUGUGUGGUUCUUUCAGUUUAUGUAUCAAUGCCUUCUACUGCCUGGGACCAGCUCCAGGAAGACCUCCUUCUGCGUGUCAAUUCACUAAUUCAGGACCCAGAUUCUGAUUUCUGGAGGAGUGGAAGGUUUCUGGUUCACACGGACAGGAAGUUGGUAUCACAUAAAGAUGGAAUAGUUCGUCUUUGCAAAUCCUGGAGAACAUGGAGUGCUCCUGAGCUAGUCUCUGUGUCUCCAUUGGCUAUUGUUGGUGGGAAGGAGACAUCUCUUGUCUUGAAGGGUCGAAAUCUGACUGUUCCAGGCACCAAAAUCCAUUGCACGUAUAUGGGAGGAUACAUAUCAAAAGAAGUUUCUGGUUUGCCCUGUGAAGGCAUAGUUUAUGACAACUCAAGCUUGGAAAUUUUGAAGUUUACUGCAGGAGCUCCUGGUGUUCUAGGCCGCUGUUUUAUUGAGGUGGAGAAUUCUUUCAAAGGGAACUGCUUUCCUGUUAUCAUUGCUGAUGAUACCAUCUGUCAAGAACUGAAUGUCCUUGAAUCUGAAUUUGAGGAAGGUACAGAACAUCUUCAGGAUUUUGCGCGGCCAAGAUCUAGGGAGGAUAUUCUGCACUUCCUAAAUGAACUUGGAUGGGUUUUACAAGGGAAGAGCACUCCUUUGAGGUCUGAAGGUCUGGAUUCCUCAUAUGUGAGGUUCAAAUAUCUCUUCACCUUCUCAGUUGAUAGGGGCUGGUGUGCUCUGGUUAAGACUCUCCUGGAUAUACUCAUGGAGAAACACUCGGGGAAGGAUGGAGUAUCGAAGGAAUGCAUGGAAGCACUCUCUGAGAUUCAUCUGUUAAACAGGGCAGUGAAGAGGAAGUGUAGGAGCAUGGUUAAAUUGCUAGUCCAUUAUUCUUUAACCAGCAGUAAUGCCUCAAAAAAAUACCUCUUCCCACCUAAUUUGGCUGGACCAGGUGGUGUUACACCUCUGCAUUUGGCUGCAUCAAUGAAAGAUUCAGAGGACUUGAUUGAUGCUUUGACAAACGACCCACAAGAGAUUGGAUUGAGCUGCUGGGCUUCAGUACAGGAUGCGAAUGGACAGUCUCCAUAUGCAUAUGCCUCGAUGAGGAACAACCACUCAUACAACAGGAUUGUGGCUCGGAAGCUUGCUGACAGAAAACAUGGUCAAGUCACGAUAGCGGUUGGGGAUGAGCUGUCCUUAAACAAGUCAUGGAUAAUGGCCAAACAGGCUGAGAGGCAAGGGAUCCAGUCAUUGCAAAGGCGACAGUCUUGUACCAGGUGUGUGGCUUUGGAGACCAGAUACAAGAAGCGAAUUGCAGGUGCACAAGGGUUGAUUCAGAGGCCCUACGUCCAUUCAAUGCUGGCAGUUGCUGCUGUCUGUGUUUGUGUGUGCAUCUUAUUCCGAUGCCUCCCCGACGUCGGAUCUGUUGCUCCCUUCAAGUGGGAGAACGUGCUAUAUGGUUCAAUUUAGCCUGGUAACCAGAAGAGGUGCUUAAUAAGCUUCUAAAACAUUUUACUGGUAAAGAGACGGGCCCAGAAGAGAUGUAGAAUUGUGGAGUGGUCAGUUCUGUUUCAGAUUCUGCGUGCCUCUCACCAGCCAGCCAGCCAGCCAGCCAGCUCGAAUGGGUUCUUGUGGGUCUAAGGUACUUUUUAGCCCAUUUUUGGUGGAUACAUGGAUACAUUACUUUUUUUCUUCUGUGGUGGGGACUGGCCUAUAAGGAAACCCCUGAAAGACUGCGAUUUGGCAUCUGGGAUAGUGCAGAAGGCAGAAGCAAAAUGCCAGGAGGGAGACCCCACCUCCCAUCCCUGCACCCCCUCACCCCCUCACUCGUUUAUAAAUGGACAAAAAGGGAAUUCAAAUUCCAAAAAUGAGAGAAGCUAGUAUGGGACAAUGGGUACAAGGAAGGCAGGGAUAAUGCAGAGCUUUAAGAUUAUUCUGAGUAAGUUACCCCCUUUUAUAUAUAUAUAUAUAUAUAUAUAUCAUUAUUAUAAGAUUCAUGGUCACCAAGACUCAAUGGGGAGCUGACCAUGGGUUUUUUUAAUUGUAAAUUCGCAAGUGUGGAUGUAGAAUGAGAUGGAAUAUAAGUUUAUGCAGAUAGAUAAGGGAAUAUUUAUUUAUUGGAUCAAAUUCUUACUAAGAAAUUAUUUGAUUA